CAAUAAAAAUCUAUAAAAAAUGCGUUUAACAUUGAUCCAACUAUUCAAAGAUACCGUUCCCGGUCAUAUUUUCCGUGGUAAACGUCGUUUGGUUAAGCCGGUUAGUAAACGUGCCAUGGAAACAUUACGUCGUGAAUAUGAACGUCAAGAACAAAUUAUGCUAUAUUUGAGGCAUCCUUAUUUAUCGGUGGAGGAAUCUGCCGGACACGUCAAGGAUUUGAAGAAAUCAGAAGCAAAGAUAGCCAUGUGGAAUGAUGCUCAAACGGCAAAGAAAUUUAAACCACAUGUGACCAUAGAGGAACGUUUGAGCCAUCUCAAAAUCAAGGAAGCUUGGGAUUAGGU